AUGAAUAACGACGAAACCGAAAGUCUCCUUGGGGAUGAACAGACCCAACUUACCCCUGCUGACGAACAUGAACCGACAUUAUACCACCAAGGCCUGCCCGGACCCUUCUUGGUAGUUGGCCAGUCGCUCCGCCUUGUCGGCGCCAUCGAUGGGCAAGGGAAUUUCCAAAGUCUAGCUCUGCAAACUUGUUACGGCCUGCCGAGCCAUCAACAGAAGGUCAGUUUACGUGACUUGACGGAUGGUUCUCAACAGAUCGUUCUUAUCGAAGGGAGUGACGAGGCCUUGAAGUUGCUUUUGCUUGCUUAUGAAGCUGCAGCAAGAUUCUGCCGUGACCAGCGGCUUCGGUCCUUCGAGUAUGAGGUGGUCGUGGACGAUGGAUGGACGGAUGAUUCUUGA